AUGGAUAUUCCGCAGUUAGAUCUGAAUUUUGAGUCACCUGAGCCGAAUUCUGUUAGGAACACAGCCAAAAAGAAUUCUCGGUAUAAUAGAAGAGUUGAGUCAGACCAUAAAGUGCCAGACAAUGGUUUAAGAAUUCCUUCGUCUGGAAAUUACACACCUGGGCCCUUUAAAAUCAACCUUAAGCAAGGCUUCCACAAAGGAAAAUCAAACCCAUUUCCAAGCGACACAAAAUCACCUCAGCUUUCAGAUGAUUUCGCAAACUCAGUUGGAAAUUUUUUCAAAAAAUCAAAAGAAAUUCAAAUUCAGCUUGACAAACUUAAUGAUAUUUGCAAAGGGACACCUAAAAUAAGAAGCCCAGCUGCUACUUUACACAAAAAUAAAACUCUAGACGAAGGGAAUAUAUUGAAGAAAAGAAGCUUUAUUGAGCAAAAAUUUUUCCAGAAAAUAAAUUCUUUGAUUGUGAAGUUGGGCUAUAAUCAAAUAAUUGAUGGAGAAUUUGAUAGAAUGCUAUGUAUAAUAAUUGAUAUAUUGGAAGAGCAAUGCAGAGGUUAUGGCUCAAAGAGGAUUUAUAAUUCUCAGGGCGUUUUCAGUAGCUUUGGAAGCAAUAUUUGAUCAAGAUCUAUAUCGCCAAUAAUUAAAGCUGAGGAAGAUGAAAAUUUUCCUAUAGAAUUUUCCUUGAAUUGCCUAGUGUAAUUUUCAAGUUAUGCUUACUAGGCAAUCCAAAGGGAAGCCUUAUAACUCAAAAGUAACUCUUCAGAUGUGGGCUGAUGCCAAACUUGUAGAUGAAGAAAAAGUGUUCAUUAAUCUGAUGAAAAAGGAUUUUGAUCCAAAAUCAGCAGAUGAUGUAAAAGUUAUGAGUAUCAUUAUUUUAUAUGAAGAGCAGUUAUUAAUUUAUCAAAAAGAAAUUCAAAAAUUGCAAGAGCAGUCGCAGAUAAUCAAUUUUGAAGACCCCGAAAGCAAAAAUCUUAAAAAAGCAAUAAAUUCACUUACUGAUGAGAAUAAUAGACUAAAAGAGCGCAUCGAACAAUUGUUAGAAGCAAACAAUAAAAUCAUCGAAACAUCACAAAAUAAGACUUCAGAUCAGGAAAUAGUGAAAGGAAUAUGCGAAAUUUUGGAAGUUGACACGAAUAAUCUUGUCAACAGUGUUCUAGCAUAUAAAGAAAGCGCAAAAAAACACAUUUGGCUAAAUUCUUCAUUGCAAGAACUCUAUGAAGAAAUAAGUGAGCACAAGCCGCCGACAGAUACAUUUCAGCUUCUUCAACAAAUAAGAAAUGGGGUUCAACAGCUGAAGCUAGCUAUAACACAGCUAAAAAUUUUUAGAUCUCAAAUCAUAAAAGCUUUAGAAAUCAAUGAAGACGUAAAUAAUGGCCAAAUAGUUCAGACUUGUAACACACUGCCAUAUUUCAAACAGCUAUUUAACCUUAAUACUGAUGUGACAAACGAGACUGAAUCAAUCUUUGGAUUAAUGCAUGAACUGCAUUCUCUUAUACAGUACUUAAAAUCUAAGCUAGAGAUAGAUCCAGGAAUAAAGAUCCCUGAUGCGUUUAGAACAAUAAGAGAAAAAUUGAGUAAUUAA